AUGAGAGUCAGUCGGGUCCAUCACCAGCAGAGACAACACAACUCAUGUAGCAACACCAGACACAGAAAAAUAAUAAUCAUUCCAUUUAACCAGAAGGAUCAGACUCUCCAUUAUAAAAACAUCCCAUUCUGUGUAGAGCUUCUAGAUCGGAAAAGCAAAAAUGAUCUCCUAGAAAUAUACAAGACGGUGAGAAAUAUAGACGAGAGGAAGAAUCUGCCAUCUGAUUUUAUCGAUAACUUAUUUCUAUGCACGAGGAAGUUUGUCCGCUCUCUCCUACCACAUGAGUUUGUACGAAUAUACAAAACAAUGAUAGUCUUGGGGAAGAAGGACAGAGAGCUGAACUUGCUGAUGCACCAGCAGAUGAAGAGGAUACAUGCCAGCUUCGACGUCACCAGCAUUAGCAAGCUGUUUCAAUUCUUUACCUUCGGCAAGUGGAAGCCGGUGCAUUUGAUAAAGGUGCUCACCGAGACGUUCCUCAGGCACCUGGAGAGGGAGGCGGCACACGAAGGUGAUUCAAUCAAGUCAGCUAAGUCGAGCGAGUCAGCCGAGUCAGUCGCUUUCGCCGCUCCCGCCGCUCCACCCCUGCUGCCCUGGCACGUGCGCGAACUGGUCGCCAUUUUCUGCUUCUUCCGAAUAGACUCGAAGAAACACAUAAAAUCCAUCUUCCACCACUGCGCCCCAUGGAUAGCGAAGAACGUGCAAAAGUUUACCCCCAAAGAUGUCACCAUCAUUCUGUAUAGCACCGUGCAGCUGAGGAGGCAGGAUCCUAUUAUCCUAACCGCUGUAGUGAAACAUGUGGUCUUUAAGGGGGACUCGUUUGAGUUUUUCCAGCUAGCCAUUAUCCUUAACUGCUUCGCCAAAUUGGGAGAGAAGAACAACAAGCUGUGCAGAGUUGUGUGCGACCAGGUUAAAAGGAGGAUGCGUCCAACGGCCUCGCCAGGGGUAGCCACGGCAGGCGUCUCCCCCGACGAAGUGAUCGAAAUAGGUCCCAUUGGGGUAGGAGCGGAUUGUGCGACAAGUGCGGUGGGCGGUCUCGCCACGUUUCUUUCCGCUUCCCCGGCCGCUCCCUCCGCUGCUGACCGACCAAGUGGAUGCAGAGUCGACCCUAAGAGGGAUUCCACAACUGCACAGAGGCACCAUCGAGGAAGUACCACUCUAGGGGGAUACCCCCAACCGAAAGACGUGUCUGUACUGCUGAACGCACUGAUAAAGCUAGAACACUACGACAAUGCAACGUUUAGCUGCCUCAUCCCAUUCAUCGUAAACAACGCUUCCAAGUUCUCCCCCCAAUCACUAAGUAACUUGAUUCACGCAUAUUCUCAGAUGCAAAUAAAAAACACCCUGAUGCUGGAGAGGCUUUCUGAAGAAUGCAUUAUGAAGAUGAAAAAGUUUAAAAAUAUCGAGAUGAGUAAUUUGGCUAACUCUCUUAUUCGAUUGAACGUAAAAGAUAAAGUUUUGUUUACUUACCUGAUUGAUGAGUUUCUGUACAGAGCCACCAUUGGGGUGAAGUAUAAGGGCUACCAGUUUGACGUGGUUUCUCUGCAACAGCUUGCUUACUCCUUUAGCAAGGUGGGUCUGAGCGAUGAGAAGGUCUACGUCGUCCUGCACCGGCUGCUGCUUCGAAGCAUCAGUCAGAUUCGGAAAGGUGCCAGCCAGGGGGCUCGACCCUCUGCACUGGUAGGGGGGAAGAGAGGUGAGGAGCGGCAUGAACUGAGGGAUGAGCCGCCUCCCCGUCUCGACGAAGACAUCGUUCGGAGGGGACCCCAGUUCGACUUCCUUUGCCUGUCCACAUUCGUGAACUCCUACGCCGCUGCAAAAAUGAAGCCCAAGCAUUUGUUCCAUUUUGUCAGUUACAUUAUAAGGGAGAAAAAAAAAAAAAAAGAGUUACUGUCAAAUCAGUCCUUAUGCUGUCUAGUGUAUGGGCUAGCCAAACUGGAACUUCCAGAUCGGAAGAUCCAUCAGUUUUUACUCAAGGAAGGUACCGAACGAGUAGACACACUGAAGCCAUUCCAGGCGGUGCUUCUCCUCUACUCGUUUAGCAAACUAAGAAUAUACUCACGCAUGUUUGUGAAGAGAGCAGUGCAGCUGUGUAGUCGGAACAUCCACCAGUUGUCUUUGGCCGAUUUAUCCUUAGCAUGCUACUCCCUCUCAAAUAUGCUCUACAGAGAUGUCAUUUUUUUGUACAAAGUGUCCAAAGUUAUUCUUCUAAACAAUUUCAAAUUAGAGAAGACCAACGUGUGUCAGUUGUUUAAUUCGUUUACCAAACUGUGUUUCUUCGACAAGCCGUUUUACCAUCUGGUGUUUCAGAGAAUGGUUGUCUGUAUGCACGACUUGGGGGAGAAGGAGCUCGCCAACGUGGCACUCUCCUUCGCGUACUACUUUCACGCGGCCAUGCUGUGCCUUUGCGACGGGGAGACGCAUAAGCAGGAGGAGAGGCAAGAAGAAGAGCGACCGGAGAAGAGCUCGGAGAAACGAUCGGAGAAGUGGUCGGAGAAGCCAUCGGAGAAGCCAUCGGAGAAACGAUCCGGGAAGCCCCACCUGGAGACGAGCUGCGUGGGGGGGGGCCCCCUAUCGGAGCGCCACCUCGUGCAAAGCAGCCCGGAGCUCUUCUUCAGAAACGAACUGAACAUUUUUUUCAACCUCAUUUUUCUGCUAAACGAAAAGUACCGCCAGCAAUUAUCCAUUAUAACCAUCCAGCAGCUGCAGAUAGUAGACCUCUACCUCAGGGCAUUCUUCCCCAAGUACUGCGAUUUUCCCGCAUUUUUAAAAACCUUCUUUCUCAAGGUCAGGAGUGUGAAGCUCCACAUCGAUGACUAUCUAAUUAUGUCGUCCAAAACACACCGAAAUGUGUCCCGUUUCCUCAGCCUAGUUGGCGUUGCGCAUAGAAGCGAAGUUCAGUUCGGCCCCUACCAGCUCGACAUCGUGGUGGACUUCCUGCAAAAUAAAAAAAAAAUCAGGGCAGUCUUCCCAAGCGGGGGAAACUCCGGCGUAGAAGCUCACCCCGGCGUGGAAGCUCACCCCGGCGUGGAAGCUCACCGCAACGUAGAAGCUCACCGCAACGUAGAAGCUCACCGCAACGUAGAAGCUCACCCCAAUGUGGAAGUCCCCCCUAACGUCGACCUAAUUUGCAGAACGGAAACGCCGGAGGGACAUACCCCUCUCGAAGAAAGUAGCCAUUCCGAAAGACCAAAUGCGUACAACGUGCUGGAGGGAAAAAUAAAAAAAAACAUCCUCGUCGAAGUGGAUGGGGUGUCUCACUUUUACAGGGAGAGUCACAGUAGGACCAUCAAUUCGAUUAUAAAAAACUUCAUUUUGAAGAAAUGCGGAUGGCACAUAAUACACGUCCCUUAUCAGGAAUGGAAUCAGUGUGUUGAUUUUAGGAGGAAGCUUCUAUACGCGGUUCAGCUGUUGCGAUACAUUUUGCGCAUCAACAAGGAGGACAUCUCCGUGGGGGAUUUUCUUCACCUUUUGGAAGAACACCUCCCUGUACAGGGAAAAACAUACGGCAAAGCAUCGGACGCAUGGAAGCUUAAAAAUGAAGAACACGCCAGAUUUGUAGAAGAGGAAAGAAUCACUUCUCACCACGGAGAGGUGAAGAGUGGGGCCGAUCGAAUGGACACCCCCCACUUCUACACCGUCAGCGAAGAGGAGCUGUUUCGCAAUCAGACGAAGAACAGAAGCAGACAUCAAAAGGGAUUAAUGGAGAAGAUGCGCCAGGACAACCAACUGAGCUACCACUUUAACAUGGUACGCCAAGAGGGUAGCGGCGAGGGGGAGGCUGUUGCGAGCGGACCGGAUGAGCUGUCACCCCCCGUCAGACCUCAGGGGGGUGAUCUCAGAAGUGACACCUUAGAGGUGACACCAUAG